GAACUUCCGGGUCAUGGAGUUUUCGCAAAUCGGGACGUGCAAAAAUGAAGCAGGAAGAUCACUUGACAUGCUGAAAUAAACGUUCAACUACGGCCUAUUUUGCCAUUAUUUAAAUUCAAAUUAUAUAAUUUUUGAAAGAGGAAAGAUGUAUCAACCACCUGCCUUUCCGCCCAAUUUCCCAUAUGGGAUGCCCCAGUAUCCGCCAAACCAACCUGGGCUCCCAGGGCAGUUCCCAUUAGGUCCUCCUGGGGGUCCGCCCGGAGGUCCUCCAGGUGGGGGCCCUCCUGGCGGUCCACCUGGUGGUCCACCCGGCGGCCCUCCUGGCGGCCCUCCUGGUGGCCCUCCUGGUGGUCCACCGGGUGGUGCUCCCUUCACCCCUCCACCAGGCCAGCAGCCUCCACCUCAGCAGCCAGGACAGCCUCCAGGUACCCCUCCUCAGUCCACAGACCUAGUAGCCAUGCCCAGAAGACCUGGCUUUGGUCAGGAUGGUCGUCCCAUUGCCCUUCGUGCAAACCACUUCCAGGUGAAGAUCCCGCCCCUGGAUCUUUUCCACUAUGAAGUUAAUAUCACGCCAGAGAAAUGUCCGAGGAGAAUCAACAGAGAUGUGAUAGACACACUUGUAACAGCCUUCAAGGGGAGAUAUUUUCAGAACAACCUGCCUGUCUUUGAUGGCAGGAAAAACAUGUACUGUAAAGAACAGAUUCCUCUGGAUCGAGAAAAGCAGCAGGUGGAACUUGAAGUGACCUUACCAGGAGAGGGGAAAGACAGGAUAUUCAAAGCUUCCAUUAAGUUUGAAGGCAAAGUGAGUUUGGCCCUGCUAGAGUCGGCCUUGAAAGGAGAAGUAGUCAAUAUACCACACGAUGCUGUGCAAGCUCUGGAUGUUAUCAUGAGACAUUUACCAUCUCUGAGGUACACCCCUGUUGGUCGAUCCUUCUUCUCUCCUCCUGAUGAGUACUCACAUCCUUUAGGUGGCGGUAGAGAAGUGUGGUUUGGUUUCCAUCAGAGUAUCCGCCCAUCCAUGUGGAAAAUGAUGCUCAAUAUAGAUGUAUCUGCAACGGCCUUCUACAGCUGUCAGUCAGUGAUUGACUUCCUAUGUGAGGUCUUAGACAUCCAGGAUUUAUCGGAUCAACGUCGCCCUCUAUCAGACUCGCAUAGAGUCAAGUUCACCAAAGAGAUUAAAGGGUUGAAGAUUGAGAUCACUCAUUGUGGAAACAUGAAAAGGAAAUACAGAGUGUGCAAUGUAACCAAGAGAUCUGCACAGACACAAACGUUUCCAUGGCAACUUGAGAAUGGUCAAACAGUGGAAUGCACAGUAGCAAAAUACUUCAGAGAAAGGCACAAUCUCAUUUUGCAAUACCCUCAUCUCCCCUGUCUGCAGGUUGGACAGGAGCAGCGUCACACCUACCUACCUCUAGAGGUUUGCAAUAUUGUAGCUGGGCAACGCUGUAUCAAGAAACUCACUGACCUGCAGACGUCAACCAUGAUCAAGGCUACUGCCAGAUCAGCUCCAGAUAGAGAAAAAGAAAUCAAGAGUCUGGUGCAUAAAGCUAACUUCAACAAUGACCAGUAUGUGAGGCAGUUUGGACUGAGUAUAAGUAAUGAAAUGGUGACCAUAGAGGGAAGAGUCCUACCUGCUCCAAAGAUCCAAUAUGGCGGAAAGCUGAACAAACCACAACAAGCUGUCCCUAACCAGGGCGUGUGGGACAUGAGAGGCAAACAGUUCCACUACGGUGUUGAGAUUGAAGUCUGGGCCAUUGCUUGCUUUGCACCCCAGCACCAGUGCAGGGAAGAAGCUCUCAGGAAUUUCACACUUCAGCUCCAGAAGAUCUCCAACGAUGCCGGCAUGCCUAUCAAGUUUCAGCCAUGCUUCUGCAAGUACGCAGUUGGAGCCGAUCAGGUGGAACCCAUGUUCAGACAUCUCAAGAAGAUGUGGCCCAAACUCCAGCUCAUCAUCGUUGUACUACCGGGAAAGACACCCGUCUACGCUGAAGUGAAGAGAGUCGGUGACACUCUGUUGGGUAUAGCAACACAGUGUGUACAAGUUAAGAAUGUGAACAGAACCACGGCACAAACCCUCUCCAAUCUAUGUCUUAAGAUCAACGUCAAACUGGGUGGAGUCAACAAUAUCUUGGCUCCUAACAUUAGGCCGCGCGUCUUCGGAGCACCAGUCAUAUUUAUGGGAGCCGACAUUACGCACCCUCCGGCGGGCGACAAUACAAAACCGUCUAUUGCCGCUGUUGUAGGUAGUAUGGACGGCCAUCCUAGCCGGUACUGCGCCAGCGUCCGGAUUCAGACCCACCGUGUGGAGAUCAUCCAGGAUUUAAUGACCAUGGUCAAGGAACUUCUCGUUGAGUUCUAUAGGUCAACAGGAUACAAGCCAGCAAGGAUCAUCAUGUACAGAGAUGGAGUCAGUGAAGGCCAGUUCUUACAGGUUCUUGCCAAUGAGAUGAAUGCCAUCAGGGAUGCCUGUAGGUCACUGGAAGAAGGUUAUGAGCCUGGUAUCACGUUCAUUGUAGUUCAGAAGAGACAUCAUACCAGGCUCUUCUGUGCAGAGAGAAGAGAACAGAUUGGAAGGAGUGGUAAUAUUCCAGCAGGUACUACCGUUGACAGUGGCAUCACCCAUCCUCUAGAAUAUGAUUUUUACCUGUGCAGUCAUGCAGGUAUUCAGGGUACAAGUCGUCCUUCCCACUACCACGUGCUCUGGGACGACAACGGGUUCAAGGCGGACGAACUCCAAUGUCUAACCUACCAGCUGUGCCACACCUAUGUACGCUGCACCCGUAGUGUCUCCAUCCCCGCCCCUGCCUACUACGCCCACCUGGUGGCCUUCCGUGCCCGAUACCAUCUGGUAGAGAAGGAACACGACAGAUACGAUCACGACAGUGUCAUAUCCAGUGCAAACAGCAAUGGGGGAGACGGCAGCCACCACGGCCGGGAUGGUUUCGGACGCACCCCAAAGGAGAUGUCUGCUGCCAUCAAGGUUCAUCACGACACGCUCAAGGUCAUGUACUUUGCCUAGGUGUCAGAGGUCAUCAAGGAGUAAAAGAGAGAGAUGAAGAGAAAGAAAAUCCAUAGUUAAAGAAAUCAGCGAAUUACCCCAAGGAUAGAGCAACAUGAAUAAUGCUGGAGAUGAGAAACGACGGCUGACAACAACUGCUGUGAUAUCAAGAUUGCCUGCCUGUCAUUCAUUGCAACUAAUUGAGAAGAAAGAGAGAAAGUACUUUGUUUUUCUUUUCUUUUUUUCGUAACAAGCUUGGGAUUUGCAGAUUUCUACCUAAGAGGUAAUAAGGGAUUUACUCUUGAAUGGUGUUAAAACAAGUAGUAAAUGGACUGAUAAGUUGCCAGAUCAAUGAUUUGAUUCCUUUGUCAUGUACUUUGAAGGGAGGAUCGGGUGAAGAAGACACAUUUGCUAUUGGUUUGUUUCUCAUUUACCCAGCUUUAUUGGAUUGCCUUUCUCCUAUCGAAGACGAGUCGCAUUCAUUACCAUGAAUGGAUAGAUUUCAUCCUCCCAGUCAUUUUCAUGAUGCAUUUAAUGAUUAUUCAACCGAUGUCUAUUUACUCCCUAUUAACUCUCCCCCACCUCUCUCUUUGACCUUUGAAGGUGGUUCACUCCUGUGACACCUCCCCCCCCCCCACUGAAUACACUGUGCAAGAUUAAAAUCUUCUAGCAGGGGCUGGUUUCACAAACAAAGUUUGCGGACAUCCCAUGUAGCAAUUUUGUAACGAUCAUUUCUCUGUGUUCAAGAAACGAGAAUUAUGAUGGUUUGAGAUACUACAAUGCCCCUAACAUGACAUGACUUGUCGAAAUGAAGAAAGUUCUGUAUUACUUGACACAUGUUUGUUCAAAUUUAAACCAAGUAUUUACAAACUGGGCUCACUUUAGGUUUAGAUUUCUCAUUUGGUUGUUUUGAGAUUAAGGAAUACAAUGAAUUCAAACUAUGCCAAGGUAGAAAAAAACUUCUUGUCUAGUAAAACACUUGCUCAUUUUGGGGGCUGAUUACAUGUAUAUUCGUAUAUAUCUAAUCAGUCAAUUCAAAUCAUGUUAUAGUUGUUCUUACAUGUUGCAGGGAGGAAUCAUAUUCAAGGUAGAAGUAGCUUUUAGAAAAUUGUGAGCUCCAUAUAAAGUAUCUUGUAAAAUAUCUAUGGUGUCCCAAAUUUGUGUUCAAUACGAUUUUGAACACUGACCAAAACCGGAUUGAUGAAUUCUCGAUGAAAUUUCCAUGAAAUGGGAUUUGAAUAUAAUCUCAAGUAUUGUAUAGUGUGUGAUGAUUAUGUACCCAAGUCAGUCACUGAAUGCUUUCAUUUCCUAAUAAGCACAAACUAUUGUAAUAAAUAACAAACUUACGAUCUUCCAAUGAAAUUCUAUGAGUAGAGACAUUGAUUAUAAUUUUAGACAAAAUGAAAAAUAAAUCAUUGAUUAGCUUUCAUUCAUUCGGUGGCCUUAGCAGCUGAAACAGAUAGAAUCGAUGAACUUCUUGGGCCCGUUUUCACACAGACUUGUUAUAAUAACAAAUGCACAAUUUCAAUAACAAGUUUGCUAUAAGCCAAUCAUAUCCAAUGAUUGCAGUAGCCUUAAACUUUUAUUGCAUAUUUGUUAUUGUAACAUGUUUUAUGAAACGGGUCCCUAAUCUAAACGUGGUAAGAUAUAAUUGAAGCACUUCUGAUCUAAACAUUAUUCUUAUCUGACUAAGGCUCGAGACUCUUGUAUAUAAACAUGUUUACCCUCAAAGUCACAUAUUUUUUAAACAACUAUUAUUAUUUUUAUGUUUAGGUAAGUAAUUGUGUCAUUUUAAUCGUGAAACUUGUGUUUUUAUGUUGGAAUGGUACUAGUGCAGAGGUUUUAUCUUAUUAGGUAUAUUUGUCUCUUGGUUGUAAUCAUUGGUCAGAGUAACAUAUUUAAUAAGAUAUGAUUAUGGAUUGUAGUGCCAGGAACUUGAAUUGAAAUUGUUUUGAUAAAUGGUGUAUUCCAGUCAUAGAAGUAAUAUGCAUAAAUCUAUUUGAACAAGAAGGAUCACAUUGUUUUCUAGGAUGGUUCAUGCAAAGAAUCAGACCAAUUUUGAUCAAUAUUACUUUUUGUUAUUAAGGAUAAUACUACAUUUUUGCAGUAAAAUCCUCUGCAAUGUUAGCAAUCAUCAAUCUUGAUUAUACUUUUUCAAUAUUGGAUCAAUUUCAUUUUGUAAAAAUGUAUUUAUCAUGUUUAUAUCUGGGUAAUGGCACAAAUAUUUGUUCAAUCACACAAAAAUGGAACUUGCCAAGCUCAAAUUACUCUAGCUUUCCUUUUUUAACUUUAAUCUUAUUGAGAAACCCCACUCUAUAGUUCAUACAUUGCUUUUUACCAACAUAGAACAUGUCUGGCUUAUUCAUUUCAUUGCCUUCAAAUGUACAAUAUGAUAGAGUUGUUGAAUAGUUUGUCACAUGCAUGUAUUUCUCUAUUCAUACUGCAUCAGUAUGAGGAAAAAAGAACAAAAGCAAGUGUAUGUGGACUGCCAUGACAUUGUGUUUAAAAUGGUUGUCUACACGUCGGCCACUAUAUACAGUAUUGUAUUGUACAUGUAUGGUUGUGUACAUUAAGUCCUAUAUCAGCAUUUUUUUCGAUCUUAUCCUUUCCAAUUGUAUAGUGCUCGACUUUUCUUCAAGUUUUUUUUAUAUGUUGGGUAUAAAGCCUAUAUCCUGUAAUUAUCCAAUAUUAACCAUCUCUGUUCCAUUUUCCCUUUACUGUUGGAUAUUUGAUUGUUGUCAUGGAUAGAUUGACAAGGAAUCUAGUUUCUUUAGUGCAAAAUAUAGUGACGUGUGUGACCUUUUUUUCUCCUCCUUUUCUAUGCUUUAUGUAACCUUAGCUGUUGAGCGUUCAAAUGGUACUGACCUAACUAUGCUUAUAAUCUGAAGCUGUGAUAACCCAAAACAUUAUUCUUAUUCAAUUUAAUGCUACGGUCACAAAUACGUUUACAAACGCAUUACGGCCGAUUUUUAUUCAUAGCAAUAAAUGGUAUGAAAUUGUUUGCAUGGUGUUCGUAAAGGUAUUUGUGACCGUAGCAAUAAUGAAUGGAGAUUACCUAGAUGAUGAUGAAAAUUGUAAAAUCAAUUUGAGUGGGAGUUCGCCUUUCAGCUUGGUACAUUACUGAAACAAUGUAAGUGUUGAGUUUUGCUAAAAAAAUCGUGUUUUAUGAUUUUUUUAUGGGAAUAGAUUUUGUUAUGGACUCUAGCUUUUAUGGCUUCAUCUUGAAUGGAAAUUUAUUUCUGGGGCCCAUUUCAUAAUGAGUUACAACUUUGGUAACUAUGCAAUCAUGACAGCUACCAUGGAAACCUUGAUUGUGGUUUUGCUGCUGAACCCUUUUACCAUGGUAGUAACCAUAAGGGUAUAGUCACAACGGUAAUAAGUCCUUUAUGAAAAGGGCCCCAGAUGAACUUACUCCACCUCUGGAAUGCAAAGUGCUCUGCUCCCCAAUUUUACAAUCCAUUGAUUUUGUAUCACAAAUUUUAAAGUACAAAAUAAUCCAUAUGAAUUCCAAGUAGAAUAGGACUUUUGAUCUGAUAGUUACAUAAUAAAAAUUGUGAGUAAAGAGAGUGAUAUGUAGCACUCCACAAACCCUUUUAUUAGUCUAAGCCACCUUAAAGGUAUUAACUUAUUGUUUCAUCAACUUCAUAGUUAUUAUGUAUGCCAUCAAAGCAAUUUACCAUUUGUAUCUCAUAGCUUAUAUCAAAUGGUUGAGUCCAAAUCACAUAUAAUUUAUGCAAUACAUGCUUAUUUGUUUUUUCUGUUCUAACAAGAACUUUAUUCAAUAUUCGUAACUUUGGCAAAUUCAGCUUUAUAUAUACAUCACUCCUACUAGUGCACCUGUGUACAUAUACUAGGGCAAGAAUGAUACUAUUUAAUCGUAACUGGCUGCUCUUUUCUACUCACAAUAACUAAGGGCACAAAGUUCAAGUUGCCAUAGAGAUAUUAAUUUAUGCAUUUUUUUUUUGAAAAAGCAAUAUUCAAUACCUUGAUUUUCAGCUAUAUACUUAAAAACAUUUUAAGCGUAGAUAUUCAUGUUUCCCUUUCUUUCAUUUUGGUUAGAGCGCAUUCACUGCUGUUAUAAAGUAGCAAGCAUGUUAUCAUUUAGAUUAACAAAUCACAUUGAGAUUCCUGGUGUUGGUUAGCUUUGAUCUAAUUCUUCCUUUCCUUGUGUAGAUUUCUAGUGUACAUGUUAAUUCAAAUCUGUAAUUAUGAGCAGUACAUAACACAGAAUAUUUUAUACCAUUUUUUGUGUGUUUGAAAUUUUGUGAGGUAUACUGAAAUAUAUGUCGUACAUCACAAGUGAAGUUACAAAUGAAUAACCUACAUCUGUUUUUCAGAUAUUAACCGGGUGUUUGAAGAUCACAGGUAGCUACAUGAAACUGCACAAAAAAAAAGAUUGUACAAUUUGUAAUUUACGCUGUUUUUUUGAUAUGUAAAUGGUAAACUCACUUUCAUGCUGUUGUAUAUAGUCUUAUUUUCUAAUGAAAUAAAACACAGGAAGUAAAUCAUGUUGAAGUGGAAUUUUGUUGACACCAUCAUAUGCCUAUAUUUGUAGUCUCUCUUGUGAGGAGAAUGCACAGAGGAUAGAGGAUAUAGUUUUAGUAGGAGUUGAAUUGAUAUGAAGUAGUGCUUUGAUGCGUAAUGGGGCCUCUGCAUUAGAAGUGAGGGAGUGCUUAUCCUGUAAUUUGAAACUACAGUGUUUACCGUUGUAGAAUAAAUUGAAUUCAUACUCCAAGUCUGAGAGUGAUUUAACACUGUUGAGAUAGAUAUAACUUAGUAUUAGUUUGGGUAUUUCAAAGCAGAUGUUUGCCCGAAAUGUUGGCAUAUAUAUAUAUAUGAUGUUUUUCUGUAACGAUCUGGAAGCAUAUUCCCACCCCUGUAUCUACUAUGAGCCCAGCUGCAUUUGUAAAGGGUUUAUGUUAAUUUUCAUUCAUCAUAUUGGGGACGGGGCCACUAAUAGCUGUUGAUUAUCAGCUAAUUAUCAAAAGGUGCAGCUAUGAAACUUGUCGAGUGCUCCGGUGAUGUUACACUUACACAUUUGUGGUCAAUCAAUCAAAUCAAACAAUUUUAACGGUGAAAAGCCAGCAAUGUCAUAAUGCACUAUCUAGGGGUUAUAUACCCCGUCAGUUGUAAAGAAAUUAGGUGCUAAUGCCAUCUCUUGAUGCUCAAAUGUAAAAUGUAAUGUGACAAAUCACCAGCUUUUUAAAUUUGGGAGUUAUGUCAUUACUCACACUGAAAUAUGGGCACCACUUCAUGGUUCAUUUAGGUUUUUGACACUGCUCAGUGGUACCGGUAAUUCACUAAUGGUGCAUGUCAGUGAGUUAUCCCAAAUGACAGAGAAGCACCCUGAUGCAAGGUGAGGUAAAGUUGCGUAUGGUAGCUUGUAAAAAUGAUGGAUGAAACCAUGUAACUUGAGUGUGUCUCCGUAUAGCAAACCUCCAUCUAUUUGUAGAUAGAUAGAGCAAUAGCCAAUGUUUUGAUUGUACCAAAGAGUUAUGUAAUCAACCACAAGGUCUUUCUUUUGCAUAACCUACAUGACAUGCCACAAGCAAGUCAUUCCAUGUAAAUGCUCACAAUAUGGAAUCUGAAUAGAGAAUACCUGUCUUUAGUACAUGUACCUGUUGAUGUCACUCAUGCUACUUUACCAUGAUUUAUGUGAUACAUGCAAAAUUGUCAUUCAUAGUGAAGACCUAAUAUAUCCUAUUUAAUGCCUGCUUUUCACAAAUAAUAUUCAGUGAAAUUGCACUGAACUAUGGCAAGCCAUAUGUAAACACUGUUUGCUUCUACCAUUAAAUAUCUUAUAGCAUCAUGGUCUCUCGUAAAGGUAAUUGGCACUUCAAAUGGUUGAUUCAAAGUGUAGCAUGAUGUUAAAAUCUUUGGACAAGACUUUAUGGCCCUGUAUAAGACACAGCUUAGCGUUUGAUCAUAGGGCUGAGGAUUAGACCAUAGAGUGCAGAGUAUGGGCCACUCUGUAGAAUUACAACCUUUUAAAGCCUAUUGUCUGGAAAAACAUUAUGAGAACAUUAAAGAAUUACGACUGUUUUAAGCUUAAUGUCUGGAAAAAACAUGUCCAAGACAGAAUAAAUGGCAUGCCAUAACCAGGAGUAAUUUUCCUGCUUAAAAUAUUAUUGAAACAUUGAAAUACCCAACUCCCCAAUUCUCAGCAUAUACCAUCUUUGAGAAUAGUUGUAUUUUAAUUAGUGUUUCUUUCUCCCAUUGUGCAUUGUAGCUCAGUGUUGUUUUUGGAGAUUACCUUUGAAUCCUGCCAAGUUGUCUUCUCUCUUUAAUAGCACAAUGACGCUGCAUAAGCACACCAGACUAUUUUUUUUGCAGGGUUUCCUGUUCUAAAAUGAUUUGUACUAUACUUGUGCCAUUGGUGAGUGGGUCUGUAUUUUGGGGCCUAUGUGAGUUUUUUAUUUCUAUCUGGUAUUCCUGAACUACAUAGGUUCAAAUUGAUAUUUAAUUUUGGUGUUAAAAUUAAUUUUCAGUGCAACUGAAAUUUCCCUGAAGAAAACAAAAUGCAAUGAAGUUGGGUGGAAAUACUGUCUACUGUUUUUCUGUCUGAAAAUGGAAAAAAUCAUUUUACAUUGAUUUUGGGGAGUUAACAAUGUCCAGGGCCUGGUAUUGUGAUUAUGAAAUUAACUGGCCAAAGCCAAAAGUACUU